AUGUACGAGGGAAUGUCCACUCCGCCAAGCGACAAGCUGACACAGCUGCGUCCUCGAAUGUCCGAUUCAGAGGCCAAGACGAUGAGCAACGAAAGUCGGCAGUCGUCCGUCUCCGCUGGAGGACACGGUGCCCCACGAGAAUAUGACCAGGAGGACCCGCAGCGUAUCCCCAUGAUGCCUCUCAUGGGUCAAGGAGCCGUCGCGUCCAGCGUAAUUUCGCGCCUCAGCGUAGGCUCCCACUUGUCGCUCAACCAGCUGGCGACAUCUCAUGCCGGACAACUGCGCAGACGCCCACCGUCCACCAUAUCCAACAAGAAAAAGUCUUUUUACAACGCCCAGCCCAAUGCUGCAUUGAGAGGCAAAAUGCCACACGUACCGCGUCACUGGCUUAACGCACGCUUCCGACACAAUACGUUCUUUGCACGGCGUCUAUUGCACACAGGUGUGCCAUUGGCUUUCGUACUAGCCGCGGGACUUGGGUUUUAUUACUUCUACAAGCCAGACACGCUCACGUUGAACCCAGAUAUGCCCGAUGUUCACGGAUUCACGUUGCACUCGCCGAAUCUCGUGUACACUUUUCAGGCAACGAGUUGCGAAAACGUCGUGGGUUUUUCGGCGUUGAUUUAUCACACUCUGCCAGCUGUGAUUUUGCUGUGUUUGCCGGGUUCUGGGUGGCGACUUUUCGAGCCGUUCAAACGAGAUGAGGUUUUUUCACCCAAUGCAAGUGGCGCCCCAGAUGACGACGAAGAGGACAACAGCAACCUUACCAAAAUCAAACGGCGCCUCGUCUUUCAGCUCUGCGAGCUGGUGGCCGUGCUCUUGUUGCUGUUCCAAGCUGUCGUAGUCAUGUUCUUCCUCUACAUGUUCUUCAAAGGCGGCGUCUUCUCGUGUAGUAACCACUCAGUGCAACUAUUUGCACUUGUCAGCAUGAUGUGUUUCGUUUGGAUUUUCACCGAGUUGCAGUAUUUCGCACGAUUCAGAGAGCACGUGAAAAUGUUACUCGGCGCUUUCCAAGAGAGCGACCAGACUGGCGACGUGCGUACCCACGUUAUGGAUCCGGGUGUCGAUCAGCUUAUGAACCAGGCGGACAAAGCUCUAGCCGUAGUACGUAAGCGACUGUACAAGGCAACUCGCCAAGGUGAUUUGCGUGAAAUGCGCGACAUCUUGGACUACGCGGAAGCUGCGGGUUUGACCAGUGAGGAACAGGGAUUCCCUCGCAAAAGUUAUGCGCCCGCUUCACUAUUCUUGGGUUUCUUUGCGCAAUCGCGCAAGAAUCCGGUGCAUGUUGCAGCGUAUCACGGCAAUAUUCGCGCUUUAGAGCUGCUAGAGUCUCGCGGAUUCGACGUCACAGCGAUGGACAAGUUCAGUCGUGUGCGGUUCUCUACUGGAGAUCUCUUCUGGUACUUUGCUCGCUUCUUCGUGGCUCGUCCGGGCGUUGAUGGCGGCGGUAGUGACGAAGAAUCAGCCGCGUCAAUCUUCCGUACAACGCUGGUUACGCCACUACAUUGUGCUGUAUCGACAGGUCAGUUGGAAGCUGUACGAUGGCUGCUGCUACGUGGCGUAUCAGCGCGUACACUUGCGCGCUCGUCGUACCGUUCGGACCGGGUGCCGCCUCUAUUCCUGGCCGAACACCCGGACGUCGUCCGUGAGUUGCUUGUACAUGGUGCGGAUCCUCUUGCCGUCCCCGAUCCGGGGUUUAUGAACACACUGACGGCAUUGCAACUGGCGUAUUUGCGCGGCAACUACGCUGUUGCCCAAGAGCUCGAAGAUUGGGGCGGUGACGUGGCACUUACACCUUUCCACUCAGCAGCUGGUCGGAAUGAUGUUCUGGCCGUACGCAAAUUUUUGCGGAAAAAAACCGAUGUGGAUUGUUUGGGUGAAUUAGGUUACGUGGGUCUUAAUCGAAGAACCCCGUUGCAUUGGGCGGCUGUGAGUGGAGCGUUGGAAGUGGUGGAUUUAUUAGUAGAAGCGGGGGCGGACCCGAACUUCCAGGACGCUCGUGGACGCACGCCGUUGCACUGGGCUGCCAGACUCAACAGGACCGACGUGCUGCGCUCGCUUCUUGAUGCUGGCGCGGAUGCGAAGCUGGUAGACUUGGAUUAUAUGACGCCGAUGAUGUGUGCGGCGUCGGGUCUGGAUGCCACGCGCGAAGUGUUUGGCGUCCUGACGUCUGCAGGUGCCGACAUCAACUACCAGUUACCGACUACAGGAGAUACGGCACUGCACAUUGCUGUACGGGAGGAGAACGAGCAGUCAGCGCUUGCCAUUCUUGCCAAUGGUGGCAAUCUCAUGAAGAUGAACAUCGAAGGCUUACGACCACUGGAUUGCACUCAAUCGACGCGUCUACUAUUCGAGAUCAAACGUGCUGCUGGCCAACGUGAUGUGAUGAUCAGCUACACUCACUCCCAUGCUGAGUUCGCAAAGAAGAUUCGGAAGGCACUUGAAGAUGCGAAUGUUACGACGUGGUUGGAUUUAAUGGACCCAAGUGGCAUUGGUGGCGGCUCAGUGUGGCGUGAGGAGAUUGCACGUGGUAUCACGAACGCCGCGGUGGUUCUGUGUCUUCUCACUGAAGACUACGCACAGUCUGAAUGGUGUUUAAAGGAAUUGGCAUUGGCGAAACAGGUCGGGACGCCUAUCUUGGCGGUAUCUACAGAGGGCGUUGGUAUUGGUGAGGAUCUACAAGUGUAUCUGUACACGCGUCAGCUUAUUCCAUUCGAGCCUGCUAUCACCCAAACCAGACGCAAUAGUACCAACGUGCGGCAAAUCGAGUACGACUACGAUGAAGCCAAGUUUAAGGCGCAAUUCCGCUUACUACUUGACGGCGUACGCGACGAAAUUGAGAAAAACCGGGACGCUGUUCAACAGAAGAAUAUCGCUAGCAAUCGUCGUAAUAACGGGUUAAAACAGACUGCCACGGGGACGAUCUUGGCGACUACUACAGGUGGCUUCUCGCGUCUGUUCCAGCAAUGGGACCCCGAAGCUAGUGGCGCGCAGAAGCAGUUCGUCUUCUUGUCGCAUGGAGACAAACACGCAGGGUUCGUGCAGCAAUUGUAUCGCGAACUUACGGACGCCGGGGUGGUCUGUUAUGGAGACCGCAACGUGGAGGGGCAAGACUUUGAGAACCGUAUCCAUGCCACGCAAGAAGCUAUUUUACGGUGCACGUGCUUUAUUGUGAUUCUGUCGAAACAGACGAUGAAUAACGAAUUGGUACGCGACCAAUUAGCGUUCGCGGAGGAUAAAGGACGCCCUAUUUUUCCUAUUACGCUAAACGAUCUGGACCCAGGUCUAGAUAAACGCUACUCGCUCGCUCGGAAUGAACUCUUCCACUUCAUGGGCAACGGCAUGAGCUUCAAGCCGAGUGCGGACCGGCUCAUUCAGGGGCUGCGUCGUCACUACACUGCGCGUGAGGACAACCAAGGCACGAUGCUGGACAACAGCACGCGAAUCGCCAGCGCCAACACGUCGUUCGUGUCUUUCACGUUCAGUGAGCCGGGCACCAAGGACCUUGACCGCGAGGCCACAGGCGAGCCGAUCAUCCAGGAAGGCGCCGUGUUGCGCGCGAGCUCCGAUUUCCCUCGCACAAGCAGCGAGGAACCCAGCAACGAGGCGGAAUCGACCACAGUCACGCGCAACUUCGAGUCCAUCUCGGGCAUCGAAGACGCGCAGCUGGAUCUGUCGAGCACACACAUUCGCAUGUAG